ACCAAUGAACCCCCUGUCAGGACCAACCUCAAAAUUUGGCAACAGAACCUUCCAAAAUCGCUAAACGCAUGGGAACAUAUGCUCAGAAACCUCAACCCCGACAAAUAUGACAUCACAUGCAUCCAAGAACCAUACCUCAACCCAGUAAAUCUUGCCAAUGCCUCGAACCUCAGCUGCUUCUGGGAUGUGGUAUACCCAUCAAAUCACCACUCAAAUCUGACCUGCUCCCAAACUCUCAUCCUAGUCAACAAAAGAAUCUCAAAAAACAACUGGCACAUAAUUCAUGUAAACUCGCCAAACGUAAUGGCCAUCGAACUAACAAGUCCCUACGGAAAGGUGCGCAUAUAUAAUGUAUACAAUCACUGUGAAAACAACAGCAUACUCCAU